CUGCGGCUUCCUUCAGGGCGGGGCCAUGAUGUAGGUGAAAGCCGGUGUGUAAAUGACAAAUAAGGCUUGGGCGCCACCCGGGCGGUAAGUCGUCAAGUAUUUACCGCCCGACGAGAAAAUUUAGCGCCAUUGGCGCUCGGGCGCUUUAACGGUCCACCCCUGUACCCGCGACAAUCCCAGGGGAUGGAAAAAGAAGUGAGUCGAGUUCCAGUGUUUGUUUGGCUGUACUUCUUGUGUGUGAAAAUGCCUGCAAGUAAUAGCUUUUGGUCCAAUGCGGAGCUUCAAACGUUCCUCACCAUCAUCGGAGAUAGCAACAUUCAGGCCGAGCUGGAUGGGAUGAUAAGAAAUGAGAAAGUCUUCAAAGAAGUAUCUCAGCGCAUGGCAGCUGAAGGAUUCCAGCGCACCUCCGAGCAGUGUCGUGCUAAGCUGAAAAAAAUAAAAGCCCACUACAGAAAAGUUAAGGACAGCAACGGCCGUAGUGGGAAUGGGCGAAGUACAUGGAAGUGGUACGAUGUGGUGGACGCUAUUUAUGGACACAGACCGUCAAACCGAGGCAGCAAAGGAGGCCUGGACUCAGCGACCAGUAUCCUGGAGUCACUCAUAAACCCUGUUGACACAUCUGAAGCGGAAAACACUCCCUCUUCAGAGGAACCAUCCACUUCCUCAAGUAGCACUCCAGGACCUUCUGUGCCACCAUCGCCUCGGCCAGUUCCAUCGCCACCACCAUCACCUCUGUCCACUACCACUCGAGAGGAACAUCUACCAUGUCGUCGACGCACAGGUGACCGAAGACGGCGAUUGGAAGCACGGACACAGGUGAUAUUUGAUGAGUUGCAGAUCGCAGAUGGCAGGCAGAUGGACAGAAUGGAAGGCAUAAGCCGGGAGCAGGUUAACUGGAUGCAACAAGACGCAGCAGCAUCAAGACAACAUGAAUUACAGAUCGCAGAGCGAUAUUUUGAACAUUUGGGUGCCCUAAAUGCUGUUCUUGGACUGGUCGCACAAAGAAUGGGCAGCUCCUCUGACUUCCUGCCACCACCCAGGCAGUAAGGUGCUAUGUAUUUGUCCCGUAAUUUUUUUUAUCCGUCUGUCCUUUUUAUCAAUAAAUUUUCAAAGAAAAACAAGGUGUGCAUGAAUUGUCUUAAAAAUUUUUGCUCGCAAAUUUACGUUUACAUAAUAAAUGUAGAUUACAUUACAGCCCACCUUAAAUAUAUGUUAAAAUGAAAAGGUGCAACAGUUCGUUAACAGUAAAAUAGUGUACUUUAUUAAGUUCUGAAAAUAAAACAAACAUUUCAGUUCAAACUACAGGCUUCGAACAGUUAAAAGUGUCAAAACAAUAAACAAAGUAAAUGGAAAGAAAAAACACAAACUGAGGUCAGCGGGUGAAGUGUCGCAUCAGAGCUUCACGCACAUCACUGCCCUCCUCUGCAACUUCCUGCAUAUUUGCAACCACUGGUUCAUCAGCAGGUGCGUCACAUUCUGUAUAUUCCUCCCCAUGGCUCUCACAGAUAUUGUGAAGCACACAACAGGUCAGCACCAUGUGUUUAAGAAGCUCUACAUCACUGUCGUUUCUCUUCAGAAGACAUCGCCACCUACCCUUUAGCCUCCCAAAUGCAUUUUCGACCACAACUCUGGCUCUGGACGUUUUCCUGUUGUACGCCUGUUGUUCAGCAGUGAGACGACCGUUGUCAGAAAAUGGUUUUAGGAGCCAGUUCUGCAGAGGAUAGGCAGAGUCCCCGAGCACAUAAAAGCCUACAUUUACUCCCUCAAUGUUCUUGGUACUAGUUGGGUGCAGUUGUCCAUGAGCAACCAAGUCCCAAAAUGUGGACAAUCGCAGCACACGGGCAUCAUGCAAGCUACCUGGCUGACCUGCAUUAACAUUCCAGAACAUGCCUCUGCCAUCCACAAUGCCCUGGAGGAUUAUGGAAUGCCAACCUUUCCUAUUGAAGUAGUCUGUGUGGAAU